GAAAAAAAUUACCACAAGGUCAAACAAUUCCUGAUGGAGUUGUAGUUUGGUUUCAAGAGAAAGCUUAUGCCAGCCACUUGAUGUUUCAAUCAAUAAACCAUUCAAAGAAAAUAUGGGAUGAAUGGAUGUGUAAUGGAGGCAAUGGUGUUACUGCAGGUGGUUAUUUACAUCAUGCAAGUAUCAGUGAUGUUUGCAAAUGGGUUAAAAAUGCUUGGGACAGUGUUUCUUCUGAACUUAUAUUAAAUUCAUUUAAAAAAUCUAAGAUAACAAAUCCUAUUGAUGAAUUAUAG